CAGUAUACGAUGAAGCUCUGGGUACACCGGAUGGAAUUGGUACUGGUAUUGGUAUGGAUGAAAUGUUUGUUACGAAGUUCAAGAGUUUGGAUGUGAUGGAACAGGAGGAAGCAGUGAUUCUUUUACGAAAAACCACUAAAGCAAACGAUGAAGAUGCUAGGGUAAGACUCUGUACCCCGAAGCUUUUACAGGCGAUAAAGCCUCUGCUGGUUUCGAGAUAUCCAAUUGUGCAGACGAAUGCAGUUGCUUCGAUUGUGAAUCUUUCGCUUGCUAAUGUGAAUAAAGUGAAGAUUGUUCGAUCUGGGAUGGUUCCGAUUCUGGUUGAUUUGUUAAAGGGUGGAUUUGAGGAGUCUCAGGCGCAUGCCGCAGGUGGGAUUUUCAGUUUAGCUCUGCAGGACGAGAAUAAGAUGGCGAUUGGGGUUUUGGGAGCUCUGGAGCCAUUGUUGCAUGCUUUGAGGUCCGGGACCGAGUUGACUCGGCGUGACUCGGCCUUGGCGUUGUAUCAUCUGAGCAUUGUUAGUAGCAAUAGGGUAAAGUUGAUUAAGCUUGGAGCCGUUGGGAUUUUGUUGGGGAUGUUGAGGAGUGGGGUUUUGGUGGGGAGAGUGGUGUUGGUGGUUUGCAAUUUGGCGGUGUCACCGGAGGGGCGGUCGGCGUUGUUGGAUGGCGGCGCGGUGGUCAGCCUGGUGGCAAUUUUGCGGGAUGGAAGUGAGUCUGACUCGUCCGAGUCAACACGUGAGAAUUGUGUGGCAGCUUUGUACUCACUGAGUCAUGGGAGUCUGAGGUUCAGAGGGCUGGCCAGGGAGGCGAGGGCGUCCGAGGUGUUGCAGGCGGUGGUGGAGCAUGGAAGCGACCGGGCCAGGGAAAAGGCGAACAGGAUAUUGGCGGUGUUGAGAGGUAGAGAUGGGGAGGAGGAGAGCGGAGAGAUUGAUUGGGAAGCGGUGAUGGAGGGUGGACUGAGUCGAACUCGGCACCGAGUUCCUGCUAGGUAUUCAAGUGGCCUUAACUCAACCGAGUUCUGAGUGAGUGGAACAUAAAAGCAGCUGGAUCGCGCUCAGCCCUCCGCAUGGACUUCUUUCAAGUCGAUCAGGAUGAUAUUUUCGUCUCUUCAACUGAAGACUUCGGCAUCAUUAGUUUUAGUGCAAAGAGGCCCAAUUUUGGGAGUGAAGACCUUUG